CAGCUCGAAGUGCCACGACUUCACAGCAGACCACGGAUUCUCCAGCGGAGCGAGGGGGAGAGCACUGGGAAAAAAGCUAGUUAGCUAGAUAGCUGGGCAAAUAGGUAGCUUUGCACGGAAGUCACUUCGUCUAACAGUCAAAGCUUUUUGUCCUCUCUCCGUUCCCUUUGAAGCAAGCAGACGAAGCUAAGUUACAUCACCAGCGAGGUCCACUGAAAUUGAACAAUGGAUAUCUAUGACCCCCAGACCCUUGGGAUAAUGGUGUUUGGUGGAUUCAUGGUGAUCUCUGCUCUAGGGAUUGCUCUUGUCUCCACCUUCUCCAUGAAGGAGACCUCUUAUGAAGAAGCCCUGGCUAAACAACGCAAAGAGUUGGGUAAAAUUCAAUCUACUCGCUCUGAGAAAAAGAAGAAAGAAAAGGUAUCUGAAAAGAAGGGUCGUGGAAAGAAGAAAGAAGAAAAGCCUAAUGGAAAGAUCCCAGAGCCUGAAAAAAUUCAAGAGGAAGUUGUAGUUGACACAGUCAUCGAGUCUGCUGCUGCCCCAGUCGUGGCUGCUGCUCUCGCCCCUGCCCCUGAACCUGUCCCUGCUGUAGAGGUUAAGCCAACUGCGGCCCCAGCACCAGCAGACACCCAGCCAAAGGCCGCUGCUGACCCAACCCCUGCUCUUAGUGAGCCCUCACCUGCACCCUCACCUAAAGAGAAAAAGAAGAAGAAGGUGGCUAAGGUCGAGCCAGCCUCUACCCAAACAGCCCCAAUUGUGGCUGCCUCUGCGCCAGUCAAGUCCUCCUCAGUCCCUCCAUCAACCCAGGCCCCCGUGUCUGCCCCGACCAAAGCAACUGCCCCGCCUGCUGCGUCUGCCCCAACCAAGUCUGCCCCUGCAUCAGCUAAGUCUGCCCCAGCACCAACUAAGUCUGCCCCUGCACCAGCCAAAGCUGCUGCAGCCCCAGCCAAGUCUGCUCCGGCCCCAGCCAAAUCUUCACCUGCUCCAUCCAAAACUGCCCCAGUGCUGGAAGCUGUCACUAAAGACGUCCCAGUGAUGGCAGUCCCCCCAGUGGGAUCUCAGCAGGCUCCUCCUGCUGCAGGAAAAGCACAAGAGCCUAAGAAGAAGGCCUCCAAGAAAAAGGCAGAGCCUGCAGCUGUGGUGGAUUCUGCUGACGCCCCUCUGUACCUGCCCUACAAGGCUCUGGUGUCCACCAUCAGUAGCAUGGUGUUCAGUGAGGGAGAAGCUCAUAGGCUCAUCGAGAUCCUGUCUGAGAAAGUCGGCAUCAUUCAGGACACCUGGCACAUGGCCACUCAGAAAGGAGACCCAGUGGCCAUGCUGAAAAAACAGCUGGAGGAGAGGGAGAAACAACUGGCGGCAGAACAAGAGGAUGCUUCUGCUGCAAAGAACCGUCUCAGAGAACUCACCAAGGAGCUGUCUGCUGAGAAGUCCAAGGUUGCCAGUGUGGAGACGAGGCUGAGUUCCCAGCUGAGUAAGAGAGAGCAAGAAAUGAUUGCUCUGCAAGCUCGCAUGCAGGCCAGUUACCAGGACCACAUAGCCCAGACCCAGGGCCUCAAUGCAAAGAUCGUGAGCCUGCAGGACCAGCUGGAGAAAGGCCCCAAUGCCCAGCUGGCCCGCCUGCAGCAGGAGAACUCCAUUCUCCGCGAUGCCCUGAAUCAAGCCACUAGUCAGGCUGAGAGCAAACAAAAUGCAGAGCUGGCCAAACUGCGUCAGGAAUGUGCAAAGUUAACCAAGGAACUUGGAGAGAAGACAGAAAGUCUCCUCGCUGAUGAGCACAUCAGGAAAGGGCUGGAGGCCAAGGUGUCCGCUGCUGAGAAGCAGCUCGCCAUGCUUCAGGCCAGCCAUGGGGAGAGCGAGCAGGCAUUGCAGAGGAGAUUGGAGGAGGUGUGUGAGGAGCUCAGAGCAGCACAGGGUAGAAACAGCAGCCUGCAGGCCACUUUGGACAAUGCCCAGCAGGACAGCAGCACCCUCUCAGAGUUUCAGGUGCGUAUUGGGAAAUUGGAGGCUGAGAUCGGUGAGCGCUCUGCUCAGGUGGACACCCUCACUGCCCAGCUGGAGGAGACACAGGCAGAGAAAAACCAGCUUGUGCAGCAGGUGGCCACCAUUAACUCACUGCUGGAGGCCAGUCAGACCAAAAAGGAGGAGGAGGAUAACAAUCAGGUGAACGCUGCAGAAGUGGAACAGCUAAAGCUCAGCCUUCAGGAGAGAGACAACCAGUUGAACACGCUUCACGAGGAACUGAAGCAACUGCAGAUGAAGCAGGAAGCUGCUGAGGACACUAUUGUUGAGCUAGAACAAAGAAAUAAAAGUGAGGAUGUUGGCCUUAUUGCAUCACUUCAGGAUGAACUUAAAAACCUCAAAGAAGAGAUGGUGCAACUUCAAAACACACCCCAGACAGACAGCUCCACAGAGCUGGAACUACUACAGAACAGCCUGACUGAGAAGGAUGUUCUCAUCACAUCACUACAAGAGGAGCUGAGAGAAGUGAGAGUAAAGACUACCACUGAUGCACAGAAUGUUACAGCAGAGCUGACAGCUUUUCAAACUGAAGCCAAAGAAACUCUCCAGACACUCUUCCCACAGAUACCCUUAGAGACAGAGCAGGCCAACUGGUUACAAGUAUUUACACAGAAAGCGCAGGAGUCUCUCAGCCAGCAGAGCCAGGAGUCUCAGUCAAGCACAGCGUCGCCUGAGUUGCUUGAGAAACUGAAGGAGGCCGAGGAGAGCCAUGGCUCACUGCAGGCUGAAUGUGAACAGUACAGGACAGUCCUGGCUGAAACAGAAGGAAUGCUGAAACAUCUGCAGAAGAGUGUGGAGGAAGAAGAGCUGGUGUGGAAGUCCAAGAUGGCUAACUCAGAGGAACAGCUUAGGGUGGCUCUGGAGAAAGUCAGCCAACUGGAGGCAGAAACCCAAAGUGUAGAACAGUUGAAGGAGCAGAUGAUGCUUGUGGAAGCCCAGCUGGAGAAACAGUCAGAUAACCAGGGGAUCUCAGAGGAAAUGGAGCAGCUGAAGCUGCAGCUGUCAGAGUGUCAGAGCCAGCUGGAUUUGGCCCAGAAGGAGGCCCAGGCACACAAGGAGGAGCUUGCACAGGUCAGAGAGCAGCUGGGCGAGAUCAUGAUGCGGGCUCAGCGAGAACAGAACGGCCCAGCUGAGGCUCAACCCAGUCAGUUUCAGAACGAGUUGAGUCAGACAACUGAGAAGCUGCACGGGGAGGUGGCUCAGAGACAGCAGCUUUCAGAGGAGUUUGAGCAGGCCCAGAAGACUAUAACAGAACUUCAGGCUCAGUUGGAUCUUGUGAAAGUUUCUGCAGAGUCACCACAAGCCGACACAGAAGAUGUUGCUCAGCUCAAGGAGCGCCUGGAGAAGGAGAGGAAGCUGUCCAAAGACUUGGGCCAGGCAGCCACCAAGCUCCAGCAGCUUCUCAAAGCCACUCAGGAGCAGCUGACCAAAGAGAGAGACACAGUGAGAACACUACAGGAGCACCUGGAGGGCAAGGGAGAAUACGUGGAGCUGAAGGAAGGAACGUCCGUCUGAGAGGAAGUUCACUGCAGACACUACAAAAAACUGCCAAAUAUGCCUUAUGAUUACCAUAGUUAUGCAUUCCAAAACUAUUUCUUUCUUGUACUGUAGUUGAUUGCAUUUGUUGCAACUGUAGGAGUCAAAUGUUUGAUAUUAUGAACAUUUCAAAAUAAGAUUAGAGGAGACGAUCCUGCUACAAUCUUUAUUGAAACCCACAUUCCAUCAACAAUUCUGGCUAUGUCAGAAGUUAUUUAUCCCCCUGCCUUAUAUUCCAAACAUUUACCCAUAGUUCAGUGUUAAAAAGGGAAACCGAUUGUACGUCAAACGUACAUCAACCUGUGCAAUUACUUUGUAUGUCUUUUCUAUGUGGUUGAAUAAUGGAAACAUUUUAUGGUUCAAUGUUUCAUUACCUUUAGGGCCUGCUUUCCUCUGUAGCUGGCUGCCAAUUACAUGCAUCAAAUUUGUAUAAAUGAAUAAACUACAGUGUAGCUCUA